AAACAAACUACCUCGUCCACGACCAAGGCAACUUCCCCACGUCAGCAUCACGUUCAUUUCCGAUAUUGCCAACCAUUCGAAUGACGAGUGUAAUCAAGACACCGCUCCCGCCGCAUCGUCUGCAGGACUCGACCCUUCUGCAGCUCUCGAUGAGUUGGCAACAGUCCCCGCCCAUGGCGAUUCCAAUGAUGGCCACGCACCGGAGCGCGGCAUCCACCGACUUGACGCACACCGAACCGACGAUCCCUCAACUGUCGUUCGAAGCAAGGGAAGGGCAAAUGCUUGUACAAGCGUAUGCGGCGAACGCACGGAUAGGAGCGGAAUAUGCCAAGCACGAGACUGACAGCAGCAGCUCAACCCCGCGGCCGUCGUCGUUGUCGUCUGAUCUGGAUGCCGCCGACAAUUUGAGUCUGCCCGACGACGACCAAGACGUGUUCUCGAUGGAGCUAUAAACAAAUAUCUCGGCGGUGUGUGCGUAUGAUGGACGACGUUUGUCCUGCGACCGUGCGUGUGUGGAUGUUGGUGGCUCGACUCGAUAGUUUAAUGAGGAACCAGGAAAGUAUUUAUCCGUCA